AUGUAUCGAGCUUAUUUUGCUCAAUAUUAUGCUGCGAAACGACAUCCAAAUAUCGAUGCCACUCUUUGGGGUCAAGGUUUUCCAGGUAAGCCAUCAAAUUCAUAUGCUACGUAUCUUCUACCCAUUGAUUAUCGAAGUCAGGAACCAGUCGUAGAAAUGCGGAAGCUAGAUAAUCGAAUGAAAUAUUUUAGCUUUUCUUUUCCCAUGAAUUUUUGA